AUGGCAAAUGUUACUAUGGGACACAUGUUCGCGACUGAGUCAGCCUGGUGGAUGCCUAGCGACCAAGUCAAGACAGUGGUCUACACGGUGAUUCUGGUCUUUGCUGCUCAGGGUUUCCUGUCAAUGUGGAGGACUCCCGAACGACGGAGGCCUGUUUCGCAGCAGGAGCAUCCCUGCGCCCUGCCGGAGGAGGACUCGACAGUGGACAGUGCCCCCAAAUCAGGGGUUGACAAGACUACGAUCGUCGAGUCGCCCAAGAGCGACGCUGCACCGGCUGCGCCGAGAGUUCCCAAGGGGACACCAAACUCAACUCCUGCUGACAGCACUUCAGGUGAUGGUGGAACAGCACCGAGCGCGACCUCUACAGACUCCGCAGACCCCAAGCAGGCUCCAACUACUACCACGCCGGAUGAUGCGGUGCCGAAAGGAGGCCAGAUAUCCACCACGGCUACACCCAAGUCACUGGGGCCUGCCACACCGGCGACUGUGACCCCCAGCAAGGCGGCUUCGGCCCCACCGAUCACGGCACAGCAGCUCAUGGCAGCCAUGAGCACGAUGCACGGCGAUGUCAAGAUGUCCCAUGUGGACCUGAAAGGGCUCAUUGCCACGGUCAGCGAGCUCAAAUCGUCUAUCGGGGCUCUGCAUGACAUCCCUGCCCGGGUGGCGUCGAUCGAGAAGAUCCUUGGCGCCUUGGCUGGAAAGCUUGGACCUAUGGCGGCCAACACGGACAGUACCCAGAAAGCCGUUGAUGUUGGCUUCAAGGAGAACGUAAAGCUUCUCAGCUCGAUCUCCUCGAAUGUCCGCGGACAUCGCGAAGACGCCCAGCAGGAGGCCAAGGACUUCCAUGCCGAGCAGGGACAAUGGCUUAACAGCACGGAAGCAAAGCUGGUGGACGGCAUCAAGGAGGUGCUCAAGAAGAUCACCAACACUGACUUCAACUCCUCUCAGGUCUACAACCAGAAACUCGAGGGGAUCGCCUCGGAAAUACUGGCGGCCUUGAACUUCACCCAGGGUGAGGUCGCGGACUUGAAGCAGUCGCUUGCUUCCACCAGUGAGGAGGUGCACAGCAUCAAGGAGAUGUGCGAAAGGCCUGUGUUGGCACACAACCCGCCGACCUACAGGGCCCCAACGUUCCACUCCCACCAAGACAUCCCGCCGGCGCCUCACUACGAUGCUCGCCAACGCGUGAAUCUACAGCAAGCGCUGCCUCUUGGUAGCUCUGAAGGGAUUACCGUGAAUCCCGACGGUCGCAGCCUCAACAUUCCGCUGCGUUAG